AUGUCCGCGUCAAAAUCAAAGGAUGCAUGGGACAUACUCAAACAAGAAUUCAAGGGUUCCGAUAAGGUAAUCUCUAUCAAACUACAAUCUUUAUGGAGAGAUUUUGAUAACAUAAAGAUGAAAGAUAAUGAAUCCGUGAAAGAAUUUUCUGAUAGAAUUACCUCAAUUAUUAAUCAAAUUAGAAGCUAUGGGGAUAAAAUAGAGGAUAAGAAGAUAGUUGAGAAGAUACUAAGAAGUCUUCCCCCUACAUGGGAUUAUAUUGUUGCUGCCAUAGAAGAAUCUAAAGACUUAUCAAAAUUAAGUUUUUAUGAACUAAUGGCUUCUUUGGAGUCACAUGAGCUUAGAAGAAACAGAUUUUCAAGCCAAGAGGUGGAACAAGCGUUUCAGUCAAAACUAAUAUUUUCAAGGAAAGGAGGAGAUGGAACUAAAGAAAAUAAAGAAAGAAGAUUUUCUCAGAAAGUACAAGAUGGAAGAGGCAACUACCAUAAAAGAAAGUUUAGGAGACAAGGAAAAAUUAAUGAGAGAGAUAAAGAUUUCUCAAAAGAAGAAAAGGAUACUUGGUAUUUGGAUAGUGGAUGCAAUAAUCAUAUGACAGGAAAUAAGAGCAUCUUCGUAGAGUUGAAGGAUGAAACAAGCUCUCAAAUAAAGCUUGGAGACGAAAAAUUACAAAACAUUGAAGGAAAGGGAGUGAUAGCAGUCCAGACAAAGGGAGGUAAGACGAAAUACAUCUCAGAUGUUCUUUAUGUUCCGGGGCUAACUUAA